AAAAAUGUGCAAAUUUUUUGCGGAGUUAAAUUAUUUUAACUGAAAAGUUUAAGCGUUCAUUACACUCAUUUUGGCGUUAUUAAACUAUUGAUAUUUGAGUUCAAUUAUAAUUGAUUGAAAUAUUUGUGGUCGCUAUGGACAUGGGUGAUUGUAGCUUGAAGCCGUUAAAGCGCAUAAGUUCCGGUGGAUUUGGCACAACCUAUCAGUGCUUGACCCAAGAUAAUAAAUAUGUUUGUGUCAAACGACUGCAAAUGGGAAAUUCCAAAAACUUGAGGAUCAUCCAAGAAGAAUUACAUAUAUUCAAACAACUGAAACAUCCAAACAUUGUGCAAUUUCAUCGCUUCUACAUAUACGCCGAUACCGUUAAUAUCGUAAUGGAAUACUUACCGAACGGUACUCUACGCAGUCAAUUACAUCAGCGUCUUUCUCAGAAAUGUUUGAAAAGUUAUUUUUUAGACAUUCUGAUGGGCUUGGAAUAUUUACAUAUACGUCAUGUUAUACAUCGUGAUCUGAAACCUGAAAAUUUACUGCUGGACAGCCAAAACCGUAUUAAGAUAGCCGAUUUUGGAAUAUCUGUUAUAAAAUCAACCCACUUAGAGAACAGCUGUGGGGGUGGUACCUUGAGUUAUAUGGCACCCGAAGUGAUCAAUGGAGGAAAAUGUGAUUUUAAAAGUGAUAUAUGGGCUCUUGGUUGUAUUCUAUAUGAAAUGUGUACGGGUUACACACCAUUUAGAGAGGCUCUAGAUUUUGAGGACAUGAAAUAUUUGACAUAUAAAAAAACUACACCACAACUGAAUUGCGAUGGAAUUGCUUUUCGUUACGGCAGUGUUUGGUCGCAAUUAUGUGCAAAAAUGAUCAAAUAUGAUCCCUUAAAACGGCCAGCCCUGCCCGAAAUAAUAACAUAUCACAAUAUUAUCACAAUUCCAUUUUACUUUAAAUAUUUUGAAUAUGACUAUUACAAAUAACUAUAGCGCGUACUUUAUUGUGUUUUAAGGAAUAAUUUUGUUAAUUUUUUUAUAUUUUAAUCAUUUAGCACCAAUUGACUUUUAUGUUUUAAAUCGACCAUUAUUUAUAACGAUAUUUUAUGUUUUUUUUUAAUAUGUUUUGUAAACCGUCUAAUGCUAUGUUGAAAUGUUGUCUUAAAAUAAAAAUUUUAUUAAAUUAUAGAAAAAAAGUGAUUAGCUCAUA